AUGUUUAGUUUAACAUUAAAUAUUAUAAUAUAUUAUAUAAACUAUUAUUACAAGAAGGAAGUUGGAUAUUUGGUUAUAUAUCUACCAAAGAAACAGUUAGCUUAUUCGAGGGUCAGUGACUCAAAGUAUACCAUGGUUAGAGAAGAUAAGGAUUUAGAUAGUUUUUUAAAAAACGUAGAGGAUAUAGACCAGAGGAGACAAAAUGGCCAAGGGAGAAAAACAACUACUGCAAAAAAGCCACCAAUUGUCGGUAAGAAACCAUUUCAUUUGAGCACUUCUGAUAAGGAGGAAAGCUUACGGGUUGCUAAAGGGAUACUGGAUGGUUCUUACAAAGAAACAGAUUCUUACAAGGCGAUUAUUGAUGGACCUGAUGAUCAAGAUUCUACGCUUGAGGUCGAUUAUAUAUCUGAAUACAGCGUGAACUUAUCGCCGUCAAAUCCGUCCUCACCAAAGAAGCCUAAUAAUCAGAAAGAUGAAACUAUUACUAACCAGAAUAAGAAAUUCCUUAUUUCCGAAGAGGAGUAUGCACUUCUUCAACAAUUAAAGGACCAGAAAAAUAACGAAAGUACCAAUAAAAAAGAAAAGGUCAAAGAGGAUUUUACUAUUCCAAGCAGAGGUAAACCGAGACAUCUUCGUGAUGAUCCAAAUGAGAUCAAAGAGUCUCAUAGAGAUCGUAGAGGUUAUGAACAUCCUCAUAGAAGUAAGGAACACACUCACAGAAAUCAUGAUCAUUCUCAUAGAAGCCAUGACUAUUCUCGGAGAAUUCAUGACUAUACUCAUAGAACUCACAAAAGUAAUGAAAGUAGUCACAGAUAUAGAUCCAUGAGAAAUGAACUGGAAGCUGAUGAUAAUGUAGAGGUAGAAGCGCCGCCAUCGCUACCAAGGAGAAGAUAUAAAUUGAGUCAAGAUGGGAGUAAAGUUGAAGAUGAGGAAAGACCACCACCAUUGCCUAUUAAACCUCAAAGAAAAAUAAUAAAUAACAGAAGCGAUAUCAAAAAUGUGUCUGGGGAGGUUGAAUCAAAUCAAAUAAGGGAUCACGCCCAAAAACGAGAUGAUGUAGAGGAAAGACGUAGGGAUAGAAUUGAAAAUAUUAAUUCUCAAGAUUCAUAUAUACCCGUUAUAGAUAGAAGCUCUAAACCUAAAUAUGAUGCUAAGCCUGUUGUGAAUCGCGAAACUAAGCCAUUUAGCAGCUCCAAAAAUACUUCAAAAGAAUCUGUAGAAAAGGUCGAAUUCGACAAAACUGAAAAAACAAAGGCUAUUGCUAAUAAACCAAAACCUCCACCACCCAGUUCCAGAUCAAUGGCCCAGCCAAAAUCUUAUAUGGAAUCGUUAGAAACUAACAAACUGACUAAAGCAAGUUCGUCUACCUCUGACAAGAGCUUAAUUUCAACUUCUAAGGCAUCCUCACUAGAUUAUUUGGAUUCAGCACAAAAUAGAGGACCACCUGUUCCGGAAAAGAAAAAAAUAUCAGCUUCAUAUAAGGUACCCUCAGAUAAAGAAAAAUCAAAUGGUUUUAUUGGAUCAGCUUUAAAAUCUAACAAAACUCCUACUGAUGAGAUCAAGCGUUUGAAACCGGAAGUUCCUCCUAAGUGUAACGGUAUUAUUUCAACCAAAAGUGACAAAAGCUCGAAUCCUGAAAAUGAUCUAAAUAACAAUGCAGAGACUAAAGAUAAGCCUGAUCUUCCGCCCAAGAAAAAAGCGUUAGAUACCUCAUUAGAUGGGUUGAAAAAACUUCAGCAACAAAAGCCUGAUGUUCCCAACAAGAGUCCUGAUAUUGCAUUUCCGAAAGUAAAACUGAAAGCAAUUUCAAAACAAGCACCAGAUGUGCCAAAAAAGAAACAACCAUUUGCAGAUUUAAAAUUGAAACCAGUACAAAAACCAAAGCCUGUUAUUCCACCAAAAAAGCUUGAUAUUGAAUUACCUGAAUUAAAAGCGACCAAGCAGGAAAAGAUACAAAUAGAAGAAAACGUUGAAAUAAACAAGGUCAGCUUAAAGAAAACAUCAGUAAAUAUAGUAAAGACUAAUAAUGAUAACAAUAAUCAAAUCCCAGAAGCAUUACUAAAACAUAAAUCACUGGCAAAAGCUAAGACUGCUCCUUUAGUUCCUCAAAGAAAGAUUUCAAUGCCAGAAGCCCUCGCUAAAUCUAAAACUAUUAGGGAAGCUUCUAGCAAGGAUAAAAUCGUUGGUGGUGAAAUAGGCAAGAAGAGACCACCACUAACACCCCCUGUUAGAAAGGAAUUGACGCCAGCUGAAAAGUUGGAGGCAAUUCUACAGACACCGAAUCCAUAUGUAAAAAAUCCUGUGUCUAGAUCAUCGACCAAUUCUGACAUUUCAACAAACUCAUUUACCCUUCUUGAUAAAAGAAAACAGACAGCAUAUUAUCUGACAAAUCCAAAAGUAGUAAUAGCAGCUCAACAUCAUUGA